UGUAGUUCAUGCAUGUUUUCCUUUGAUAGGGAAAGGAAAUCUUUAGCUGCAUUACAGAUAUCCAAUAUUCUAAGAGAUCUUUCUAGUAGUUCAUCGACAAAUUUUUCAUUGCACUCCUGUGCUAAGGCUUGUUGUUCAAUUUGCAAUUGAAGUAAGUUGUCGAUGCAGUCAUGUAAAUCCUGCAUGCUAUUAAGUUUGUUGCAUAUCGAAGAUGAUGACCCUGAAGAGGCGCCUUCAGAACUCUUUAACCUUUGCAAGUUGUCCUCAAAUUGUGAUACAAGAGGGUGGGAUGCAGACGGUAAGCUGUUGCUGCGAAGAUGCAGAGAGCUCGCUGUGUUUGUUUCAAUGACUGCCAUUUUCUUCUUCUUAGAGAACAGAAGAAAGUCAGAAGGCACCCCUCUCAAUGGAGUUCAACCACCAACAUUCCGGAAUCAACGACCUGUUACAGCCUUAUCAUCCAGAUAUCAAGCCCGAAAAGGAUCAGUUUCUAACUAGGGUUAGAAACUUUUUCCACAAUCUUCCCCCUUGAAGUUGAAAGUGUUGCAAAAUCCUGAACCGAAGGCAAUAACCCCUUCUCUGCAGCUUUUCUGUCAGGCACAUCUGCUGCCGUGAUUGUCCUCAUCAGAAACCAUCUGCACCGGGCCAUUGAAGAUGCGUAACCUGUAGUUUUCAUAAGGUAUUAGACUCUGAUCAAUAAAAUGUACUACAAGUUUUAUGUUUUUUCAAUGCAAGUAUUCAUAUUCUAUCAAAGACUUGCAUUUAAUAAGGCAAUUCAUCUGAUGCAUGCACGUGUGUGGACUGCUAUGAUGGAUAAACCAAUGGCUGCAAUUCUUCUGCGCAUGUCUUUUUGGAAUAGACAAGAACUUCAUUAUUGUUUCCAUGCAUUAAAAUAAGGCUAUAAACGUGUGAACGAAAAGAUAAAC